GAAACCGCAAACAGAGAUAUUACAUUUCUUGUAUUUCGUAUCAAUCCUUGAAAUUCAGUAUUGUUUUGAAUUUUGUGUUAUAACAAAACUAAAACGAAAUAUGCGUCUAUUAUUCAAUAAAUCGUCUCUAAUUUUGAUGUUCGGAUUAUUUUUGGAAGUGUUUUCUAAAUUGGAGUUUGAAUAUCACAGCAAUAAGGAAAUGGAAAAUAUUUUAAGACGGUUUGAAGUUAGUGGUAAACAAAAGUUGAAAACUAAGUUAUAUUCGAUUGGAUAUUCAUCGAGUACAGAUGAACCUUUUCCUUUAUGGGUAUUGGAAUUAACUGCUGCUCCUGAAAACGUAACUGGCAUUCCAAAUGUCAAACUUUUAGGCAAUAUGCACGGUAAUGAAGCUGGCGGUAGAGAACUACUUCUUCAUUUUAUAGAGCAUCUAAUAGAUUCAUAUGGAAAGGUGAAAUUGGUUUCUUGGUUAUUGAAUAAUACCAGAAUACAUAUUAUACCUUCAAUAAACCCAGAUGGUUUUAGUAAUGCUGGCAACAGUUGUAACGGUAUGAAAGGUAGAGAAGUUCCUACCAAAAAGAUCGACUUGAAUAGAAAUUUUCCCGAUUUUUUCCAUCCCAAUCCUGAUUUAGUACAGGCUAAAGAAUCCAAAGCCGUUAUGAAAUGGAUGGAGGAGACCAAAUUCAUCUUAUCUGCUGCAUUGCAUGAGGGAGCCAUGGUUGCUAACUAUCCUUAUGACUCUAUAAACCCAAAUGGUGAUAAUGAUGAUGAUAGUGAAUAUUUAACACCUGAUGACGAUGUUUUUAAGCAUUUGGCAAGGACCUAUGCCAAUAGUCACCCAGUUAUGAGUACCAAUAAAGGGUGUCCUAGUGAUGUUAAAGAAUUUAAAGGUGGAAUUACAAAUGGAGCAGACUGGUAUUCAUUUGAUGGUGGAAUGGGUGAUUACAAUUACAAUUAUCACGGUUGUAUGGAGUUGACUUUAGAGUUAUCUUGCUGCAAAUUUCCUCCAAACCUUACAAAUUUAUGGAACGAAAAUAAAAAGCCACUUCUGUUAUACUGUCUUCAAGCACACAGAGGAGUCACAGGGGUAAUUUUGGAUUCGGAAACCAAAAAACCUAUAAAAACUAAGCUAAAAAUAAGUGACAGAGAAGCAUAUUUCGGGAAUGAUAGAAAAAGUGGAGAAUUCUGGAGGAUACUGUUACCUGGUCAAUAUGUAUUAGAGGUAGAAGCUCCUGGUUACUACGCCCAUUUUGAAAACUUCACUGUUGAGGACUUUAAAAAAUUUCCAAAAUUAACCAACUUAACGAUUUUUCUAACUAAUUCUUCAUUACCUACUACUACAACAACAACAAGCUCUACCACCGUGAUCCAUACCACGAAUACCACAACAUCAGUAUCAGCACUGAUAUUUCCCAAUAUAACAAGCAGAUUUACUGAUAAUGAUGACGAUAAGGAUUACGAAUAUGGUUUUCCCAGUAUAAGCGAAUUGACAAGUGGAUUUUUGAAAAAUAGUUGCGCAAAUUUGGCUUUGUUAUUAUCUGUGAUAUCUUUUUUGGUAGUUAUAAGUUAGAAUUAAGGUCAAAUGACUUAAGAAUGAGACGAGUACCUAAUGGAAUUUAAUAUUAAAAAAUUAUUUUAUUGAAUACGCAAAAUCAAGACUGAUAGGUUAAAUCUUUACACAUAGAAUUCUUGGUCCGCUUUAGAAGCAAAUUGAUCAAACGUGCUUAUUGGUUUUUCUUGUUAUUAUUCGACACUACUGGUUAAAAAUUAAGCAGUAAAUUGUAUUCGAUAAUUUCAGUGGAAGUUUCAGCAAGGUUGGUUUCAACCCAUCUUUCCAACUCGUUAAAAUCCUGAAGGGUAUCAACUCGCCAAAAACCUGAUUGUCGCUGGGGGGUAUCUAAGGAUAGCCAUAUCUUCUCAGGGCAAAGUCCAGCAGGUUAAUAACGUCACCGACAGAUGUGUUAACUACGGUAAUAC